UUCUCCCAGGCAGCGCUCCGUGUCGCUGAAAAGAUGGCGGACUCGCAGUCAACGGGUCUGGCGGACGAUGCCGAGAAGGAGGACAGGGAGAGUGGCGGGCAGACGUCGAGGACAGGCAGAGGCAAGGGAAAGAAUGGCGGAACGGAUAGUCUGCGGUUCAGCGACGAAAAUGGCAGCGGGAAGGGGAAAAAACGCUACCUGUCAGAUCUGUCCCUGGUCAGGUUUGUAACCACUGAGCUCACCAGGGGCUACUUCCUGGAGCACAACGAGGCCAAGUACGCCGAGGGCAGGGAGAAGGUCUACACUUGCCUCCGCAUCCCCAAGGAGCUGGAGAAGUUGAUGACAUUUGGCUUCUUCCUCUGCCUGGAUGCCUUCCUCUAUGUCUUCACGCUGUUGCCCCUCAGAGUACUGCUAGCCCUCUUGCAGCUUCUCACACUGCCAUGUUGUGGUCUUGGUGGUGGGCGCCUCUUGCAGCCGGCCCAGGUGUGCGAUGUCCUGAAAGGCUUCAUCAUGGUCCUGUGCUACUCCAUGAUAAGCUACGUAGAUUACGCCAUGAUGUACCACCUCAUUCGAGGCCAGUCUGUCAUCAAGCUGUACAUCAUCUACAACAUGCUGGAGGUGGCCGACCGCCUCUUCUCGUCAUUCGGCCAGGACAUCCUGGACGCGCUGUACUGGACGGCCACGGAGCCAAAGGAGAAGAAGCGGGCGCACAUAGGCGUCAUCCCCCACUUCCUCAUGGCUGUGCUCUACGUCUUUCUCCAUGCCAUCCUCAUCAUGGUCCAGGCCACCACACUCAACGUUGCCUUCAACUCGCACAACAAGUCACUCCUCACCAUCAUGAUGUCCAACAACUUUGUGGAAAUCAAAGGAAGCGUGUUUAAGAAGUUUGAGAAGAAUAACCUUUUCCAGAUGUCAAACAGCGACAUAAAAGAGAGGUUCACCAACUACAUCCUCCUGCUCAUCGUCUGUCUAAGGAACAUGGAGCAGUUCUCCUGGAACCCUGACCACCUGUGGGUGCUGUUACCCGACGUGGCCAUGGUGAUUGCCUCUGAGGUGGCAGUGGACGUGGUCAAGCACGCCUUCAUCACCAAAUUCAACGACAUCAGCGCCGAUGUUUACGGGGAGUACCGAGCCAGUCUCGCCUUCGACCUGGUCAGCAGUCGACAGAAAAACGCUUAUACAGACUACAGUGACUCUGUAUCCAGAAGAAUGGGUUUCAUUCCUCUUCCUCUAGCACUGCUGCUAAUCCGUGUGGUGAGCAGCUCAGUUAAGAUCCAGGGCUCGCUCUCCUUUAUGUGUGUGCUGCUCUUCUAUUUUGGGCUGAUCACUCUGAAGGUGCUCAACAGCAUCAUCCUGCUGGGCACAUCGUGCGCAUUCGUAAAGGACGCAAAUAUGGAGGAGAAACUCUUCGACCCGCCACCCUCGGCUGUCUCCAGCCGCAUCAACUCCCGGGCUCAUCGUGCCAAGCCACCUCACACUGCCGAGGCACAGAAAGAACCGACGACGGAGAAACCCGGAAUACCCUUGGCGUCGAUCAGCCCGCAGCCCACCUACAUGGCUGAGAGCGCCGCCCUCCCCGCCGACGCGUUGCCCAAGACUGACUUGGACACCUUCCUCACCACGCCCGACGAGGAGGAGGACGUUAUGAAGAUCAUCAACACGGACACAGGCCUAGACGAAGAGGUGCUGGUGCGCCGAAACCCCAAGAAAGACCUGCUGGAGAUUGACCGCUUCACUAUCUGUGGCAACCGCAUUGACUGAACACCACAACGGUGGCGGCAACCGAUGAGUAUUUAUUAAUUUAUGGCUGACACAAACCAGCAGAGGCUUUAAGCUGUUACUACAUGCCGGCACAAGGAGUUCACUGGGACUCUCCGGACCCUCUUCCGGUUGCUGCGCGACCUGCCCAGGAUGGCGUGGAGACAGAAGUCACAUAGAAAUGGGAGAUGUGAAACUCUUGCUGUAUUGGUUAGAACUGAACUGUGGUUUUUUUUUUGUUUUUUUUUCCCAAAAGCACAAUCCACAGUCGGCAGUUGCUUUAAGAAGGAACUAAUUUUAUAGUUUUUUUUUUUUACUUUAAGUGAAAAUUUGAUGUUUUUAUCUGCAGUGGCAGACUCGCAGUAACAAGCUGGAAUCUUGAUGGCGUUCUGUUGUUGUUUUUUGUAACAUGUUUCUGAAUCAUUAGCCUGUUUCACACGGCCUGGAAAAGCAGGCAAUUGUUCUGUCUUCGGAGGUAGUAUAGUUUUUGUGUAUAAGGAUACAGUAAUCCUCAGUUAUUCGCGAGGGAUAGUGACCGAGCCCUGCAGUGAAUAGCGAAAAAAUGCGAAUAAUCAACACACCUGACACAGUUGCACUUCCUACCUAUCCAUUUUUAACAAACUAGACUUGCUCAAAUGUAAGGCAACGAGCUAGUAGCUACAUUAACUGAUGUCACUUACUCCCUUUCGCUGGAAGUAUGGCAGACACACAUCACAUUCUCAUGCCUUUUGCACAUAUAAUGAUGUAAAAAUGGCAUAUAAUGAAUAAUUCAUAGAUUUAAGUAAACCGUAUCAGAUAAAGAAGAUAUGCACAUUUACAAUAUAACAGGAAGUUUUGGCUUUGCGGGUUUACUGUCCCUUUAAACACAUGAGCUGUUUCACAUCAACAUACUUCCUUGACACCAAUUACUACUUUCCUAUUGGCUGGCCUUUGGUGCCAUCAAGUGGCAUCUUAAAGGUCUUAUAGAAAGAAAACAAAAAUACGCUAAGAACCACAAUUUGUUUUAUCUUUUCUUUUUGACAAUUCUACAAAUGAUGCAGUCCUCUAGCAAUUUGGAAUGACUAAUAGAGCAAUAAUCUGGUACGGUGACCAUUGUGGAAAUGGUGCAGAGACUUCAAGAAAUUUAAGCAGUUUAAAGUGACUAGUAGUGUGAUCAUUUGUGUCACCGUGUCAAUUGUGCAAAUGGUGCAGAUACUUCUCAAGCACAAGACUGACCAGUAUUGGUCAACAACAGAUAUGCAAACAGUGUAGAGUGCCGAGACUACUCCAGUGAGUACACGAAUAAUGUAUAAUUGGCCCGACAGAGAUGUGACAACAAUCUCAAGACAAAAUUGGCAGCAUGUUACAAUGGAAUUGUAAGUUAACUGUUUAAGAAGUUAAUGACAAGAGGGAAGAAGCUGUUGGAAUGUCUGCUUUAGUUUGCGUUGCUUGAUAGUGGCUACUUGAGGGAAAGAGCUGGAAGAGGUGGUGACCAGGAUGUGGAGGGUCCAAGAGGAUUUUGCAUGCUCUUGUCUUAGUUCUGUGGCAGCACCAAACUAGACUGUGAUGGUUGAACACAGGACUGAUUCGAUGACUGCUGUGUAGAACCGCCUCAACAGCUCCUGUGGCAGGCCGUGCUUUCUCAGAAGCCGCAGUAAGUGCAUUCUCGGGUGGGCCUUUUUGAGAAUAGAGUUGAUGUUGGUCUCCCACUUCAGGUCCUGAGAGACUGUAAUUCCCAGGAACUUGAAGGUCUCAAUGGUUGACACAGGGCAGUUGGACACCGUGUGGGGCAGCUGUGGUGAAGGAUGUUUCCUGAAGUCCACACUCAUCUCUACAGUCUUGAGCGUGUUCAGCUCCAGGUUGUGAUGGCCGCACAACAGCUUCAGCCGCUCCACUACCUGUCAAUAUGCAGACUCGUCCCUGUCUAUGAUGAGGCUGAUGACUGUGGUGUCUGCAAACUUCAGGAGUUUGACAGCUGGGUGCGUUGAGGGGCAAUCGUUCGUGUAGGGAGAGAAGAGCAGCGGAGUAAUUUGGUCAAAAUACACCGAGGAUAAAGAAUUGUCCACACCUAACUCCUAAUCCACCCACUUUUUGGGGGGCUGGUUCUGUCAUACAAACAAGCCACUGGUCACCUUGCACUCUUUUACUACGGAACCAAUGCAGAGUACAACUUUCGUUUCCAUGAAGACGGAGGACGAAGCGAAGGUUACUACUAUCACAGUCACAGUGUGUGAACUAAAAAACGAGCCUCAUACAAUUAUAUUACAUUAGAGUGGUGGGAGCAGCAUUUCAUCACCAAGCUGCCAAAACACACUUGGGCAAUUGUCGCUGAAGACAAAUACCACCCACCACUUUGAUAACCGUAUUCUCCCCUGGCAAAGGCAGCACUUCAUCACCAAAAUGCCAAAUUACACCAAAUUUGUGGAUCUUUGUGUGUGGCUAAUGCUAGUGGAUGAAAAAAAGUCACUUUUACAUAUUUAUUCUUUGACACCUAACACCAGGCGCGCAGAACCAUUUUUCCUAUCAAGGGACAUUUUUUUGAAGUCCUCCAUGGGGCCAUCGUAAAUUAUGGAAAAAUGUGAUGCGAUAAAAUGUUAUAUAUUUUGUAAGCAUUUGUGGGAAUUUUUAUACAGGUUCCUCCUAGGUUUUUAGGGCCAUAUAUGGUCUGCAGGCCACAGAUUGCCCAACCCUGCUUUGAAUACAGAUCAAAAGAUUUUUUUUCUUUUGACACAGCGGCGGCGUGAGUUUUAUUAAGACUGCUAUAAAAUUAUGUUUUUAAAUGAUCAAAUGACCAAAUUCAAUUUCGUUUUACUCUGUGUGCAUGAACAUCUGUUUUAACUUUUUUUUCCUCAAUAAUCUCAGAACAAUAAAUCAAGAACAACGUUCUGCAGGUAAAAUAACUGAAAUAAGUUAUUGGUGUUUUGCAUAGACGUGAUUAUGUACCAUGGUAGAUUUCAACUCCCAAUUUACGUGAAAUAUUCUUUCUCAAUGUGAUACAUGUCAGGUUUUAAAUGUUUUUCCACAGGUUUGCUGACACUGACAGGCAGGAUGUCACCCUUACAUUGUUUUGUACUGACUUAGAUGUAAUAGCAUGAGAACGUAUAUACAGGCCACUAUCAUCUAUAGUUAAAUUCCAAUUGUGUUCCAUUUGAAUUUAAUUCCAAGUGACAUUUUUUAAUAGGAAAUGACUCCUGUUCACCCACGCUUGUCUCAUGUUAUAUACAGUGGGUAUAAAAAGUCUACACACCCCUGUUCAAAUGCCAGGUUUUUGAAAUAUGAAAAAAUAAGACUAAGAUCAAUAAUGUCAAAACCUUUUCCAUCAUUAAUGUGACCUAUAGCUUGCACAACUACAAAAAUCAAAUGUGAGAGGAAGUAAAAAUAAACUGAGAUCAUGUGGUUGCACAAGUGUACAGUUCACACCAUUUUAUAACUGGUGAUGUGGCUGUGUUCCGAAUAAUCCAGUCACAUUCAAACAUGUUAAAUGGGAGUCAGCACACACCUGCCACUGUUUAAAGUGCCUCUGAUUAACAAAUAAAGUUGAUAUUCUUAUCGGCUUUUGUUUUAAGGUUCUAAUUUUUUCCCUUAAAAUAUAUAUAUUUCUUUUUUUCAAUUGUGUUGUACAGAUUAUAGGUCACAUUCAUGUUGUAAAAAGAUUCAAAUCAUUAAAAUGGUUUAUCUUGGUCUAAUUUUUUUUAACAGUAUACAGUAUUAAAAAAAAUAAUGGCUGUAGAACAGGGAUGUGUAGACUUUUGAUGUCCACUGUACCUCGAUGCAACUAUCUCAUCUUGUACUUGCUGCCUCUUUGAUUGUUUAACUGAACAAUGUUACUGAUGGCUUCCUGAGUUGCUUCUUGUUCAGUCAGUGUGUGUGUGAGUGUGAGAGAGAGAUAUGUAAUUUUCGCAGAAUAAUAAUAAAAGGUUUUGUAAUGCA